AUGAGCUUUGAGAAAGAGGGCAAUAAUCAGGUAAUUGAGAACGAUAACACAGUAUCCAUGUCUCAAACUCCGGUAGCUACAAUCCCUGGUGCUCAUCGUACCCAGCCGUCCCAGACCGCUGGUAGGUUUUAUUGAUAAGUAUGAAUUUAACGUGUAAGCGGUUAUUACCGCCAGAAUAGUGAUUCUUUUGGGUACAUUCAGGGUACCAGUGAAAAAUUCGCGUUUAUUAUGUCUUUGCCUAUUUUAUUCGAUUUUUUAGCAAUGAUGAUGCAUAAUAUGCCGGCCAAUCCGGUUGCUCCUCAACAGAAGCAGCACAUGACUGCAUCUGUAGUGAGUACAACACCGCCUAGUUGUUCGAACACUGAGUUAUUAUCAGCAUUUGAAUGCCCUGUGUGCCUAGAGUAUAUGUUACCACCAUAUCUGCAAUGCAAUUCUGGUCAUUUGCUCUGCAGCAAUUGUCGGCCCAAGGUGGCUUCAUGUCCGGCUUGCCGGGGUCCAGUUCGUAAGUAUUUUUUCAUAGUAAGUUUGAUUUGUUUCUUUUUGCUUACACUUUCUCAUACUGUAAUCGAAUGCUUUUAGCGAAUAUCCGGAAUCUGGCCAUGGAGAAGAUCGCUAGCCAGAUGCUAUUCCCCUGUAAAUUUAACACCUCAGGAUGCACUAGUUAUUUCUUACAUCAUCAGAAAGUAGAACACGAAGAAAGGUGUGAUUUUCGACCGUAUUGUUGUCCCUGUCCUGGGGCAUCUUGCAAAUGGCAAGGGGGUCUGAAUGAGGUCAUGGGUCAUCUCAUGAAACUGCACAAGUCUAUUACAACCCUUCAAGGUAAUUUCAUUCGUUAUAGUUUGUUUACUGUUUUAGGUGAGGAUAUCGUAUUCCUGGCAACCGAUAUUAAUCUGCCUGGGGCGGUGGAUUGGGUUAUGAUGCAGUCCUGCUUUGAUUCGUAUUUCAUGUUGGUUUUGGAAAAACAAGAUAAACAAGAUCCCACCGGACAGAGCUAUCAGAUGUUUUAUGCAGUAGUACAAUUAAUUGGGACGAAGGCUGAAGCCGAGAGAUUUUCUUAUAAGUGAGCAUUCGUUUCUUUCGAGCUUUCCUCAAAUUUUAGGUAUUAAUGAAGUAUGGUUUUAGAAUGGAAUUGUCCGCAGGCCGUCGUCGUCUUGCUUGGGAGGCCACCCCUAGAUCGAUCCAUGAAGGGGUAAAUACAGCCAUCUCUCAAUCAGAUUGUCUUGCCUUUGAUACAAACCAUGCCCAAUUAUUCGCAGAACAAGGCAAUCUGGGGAUCAAUGUUACAAUUAGUCAAGUGCAAGUAGGCAUGGACGCGAAUCAGAUGCAAGUUUGCCGUUGAUCACUUAUCGUCUUUCUCACUUUCAUCGAAUUGUAAUCUAGUUUUCAACAUACCGGAAUACGAGUCCCGAGUAAUUUUUUAAAAGCAAGUCCUAGGGAGGUCAAUGUAACUAAACAAUAAAAACUCGGUCGGAUUUUAGAUGUAUUUACUGUUUUAUGCAUAUUUUUUAAUGAAAGAAUGUUUUCUGAGUCUAAAAGUGUUGUCUAGUACUACUCGCGCUCAAAAAUUCGGACAAUCACAAUGCGAAAGUUCGGGUUUUCAUUUAUCGCCGAUGUCGGGCACAAAUUCGGGUUUGUAUAGACAUGGCUCUGGGGCCGGGCCGAAAAUCGCGGCCCGGCCCCCAAGAGGUCGGCACGGCCCCUUUCAAACUCGCUCGGCCCAGCCCACUAGCCAUGCCUAGGUUUGUAGCGCGAAAAAGUUCACGUCGCUAGUGCAAAAAAGGGAAAUUUCGGCAACAAAUGCGAAAAGAUGCACCGUGCGGAUGAAAAUGAAAGAAGAACGCACAGUGCGGAAAUUGUCCGUCCGAACUUUUGAGCGCGUGUAGUAUAAUUGUACCUAGCUAAGUUGAUUUGCAAUCUUUAUUUUACCUUUAUAAUCUCCACCAACGCUCUGAAAGUAAAUUUGUCCUAGUUAUCGUUGUCUUAAUGAUUAAUUCCCAUCAAAAACAGUUAGACUACGGAAUAGAUUCCAUAAAGUAAUGUGGAUACAUGCAUUUAUCGCGGACCCAUAAAAGAAUCUUUUUAUUCCACUUAUGGGGAGCCGGCUAAUGGUCCAUUAAGUACGAUGAUAUCCCUUCAAUAAAUGUCGUAAAACACAUGGCGUGGCCACAUGGAGGAACCGUCUCGACCGCUUCUGUCGUUAUGUAUAAAUGUAAAUAUACAAUAUAAAUUUUACGGUUAGUGGACAAAUGAAGAGGUUACAACCAAAAAGCCCCUUGGCAUAUCAACCCCACGUGUUUUUUAUGAGAUCGAAAUUUAAAAACCGAGAUCUUAUCAGGAGUAAGCUGUUUUUUAUUUCUGGCAGUGAACACUGGUUCUCAAGUCGGCGCCGAUCGGAAUGCCGGUUUGAAGCGCUUCCCACAAUCGGGAUUUCAAGUUCAAAGGACGAUGAAACCAGUAAAAAGAAACUUUAAAUCAUCUUGAUCGCUUCUUCAUUUGAAAGCGAAUUAAAUAUCCAGGAAGUGUUGCUCGACUGCAAAGAUCACGGAAUAUAUAAUAGAUACUACAAUCACCUACUGAACAUGUAAUUUUAAUGGAGAUCACAAUAGAUAAACCUUGUCGCAAACAAGAAGCGCUUUGCUAUUUGUUAAAAUAGGUUUAAUUAACAAAUGGCAAACAGGUUAUUUGGAUUACUUCGUAAUCACUUUAGCUGAUAAUCAUAAAACAAGGCUUGGAUCCAAAAAAAACGAGUUAAAUUCUGCAACCUGACAGUCACCACUAGAUGCAUACAUCCCUUUGUCUUAUUAAACCAUAGUUCUCACGCUUGUUUUGAUAACCCUACCUAAGUAGUCAUUGUCUUGAGCUCGGCUAUGUCAUGUUUUGUAUGUUUAUUGUAUCGCUCACAAGUGGAUUGCAACAUGAGGAGGAGGCAUCGGAAGCAGGCGGGCUUUCCAUGUUCCACUUAGCCUUCAGAAGCAAUCCAGAACAUCGCCCCGCCCUACAUCUCCGGCAUAUAAAACCGGGUAUCGAGAAUGGCUUUCCGUCAACGCUUGUUCAACGAUGAUCCGCGCCCUUUUCGCCCUUUGUCUGGUCUCCUCCGCCUCGGCGUUGCUUUUUGGCAGUGGAGGUUGUGGACAACAGAGUUGUGGCUGUGCCUGUCCACCACCCCCGCCUCCCUGCCCGCCACCCCCUCCCCCAUGUCUCCCCGCCCCCUGUCUACCUCAACUUCCACCAAUCACCCUGCCCGCCCUUUGUUUGCCGCCCCUUCCCCGUCUCCAAUUGCCAUGCCCUCCUCCACCAUGCGGAUGUGGACGUAAGAAGCGAUCCACCACUGGACUGGUCAGCAAACAUUUCGGCGAUGAAGAUAAGAGCUUGUGUAACAACCCCCAAAUCAGAAAGAUCAUCCUCACUGUGAGUGACGUUAUUUUUUGUGGUUUAUUACUGAAUAAUGGAACUGGGGUUCUUUUUAUUAAUACUGGUUUCUGACUAACUACUUUUAAAAAAUCUACGUUUACACAAUACAAUAAUUAAUUUUAUGACUCUUUAGAACAUCUCUGAGAACCCAGGAGCCUCCAAAAUCGCCAUCCAUUCUGAGCUCAAGGCUAAGUUGCAUGGAAACUACGUAGUUAUGUGCUCUAACGGAGCCUUCUCAUUCGUCGCAGACACCAACAACUACUGUGUCGAUGGAAAUGAGAGCAAUACCUGCUAUGUGUUCGAAGCUUAA